GUGGUCGUGGUUAUUGGCAACAUGGGGAUCGUGGCAAUUGGCAACAUGAGAGUCGUGGUGAUUGGCAACAUGGAGGUCGUGGUAAUUGGCAACACGGGGGUCGUGGUAAUUUGCAACAUGAGAGUCGUGGUAAUUGGCAAAACGGGGGUCGUGGUAAUUUGCAACAUGGUCAUCAUGGUAAUUGGCGACAUGGUAACCAUGGUAAUUUGGAACACGGGAAUCAUGACAGAAGGCCACCAGCACCGCCACCAGUACUGCCACCAGCACCGCCACCAGCGCCGCCAACAACACAGUCACCCGAAGAGCCUGCAUCAUGUUUCGACAAUGUAGACUACGUCCUAUGUUCUCCUCAAACGGAUUACCAUCCUUCAGUGUGUGACUGUGGAAACAGGGGAGAAUGUUAUAUACAGAUAAAAAUAACCAGAAACGCCGGCGUCGCCAAGAGAGGGGAUGCCGGCAGUGUUUUCAGCGUCAAUGGCGGACGAAUUGGUCCUACUAUUAUCAUAAACCAAGAACAAAUAUUAGUAGUUGAUGUUAUCAAUAAUCUCGCUGAUGAGAAUACUUCAGUACAUUGGCAUGGCAUGCACCAGGACAAUAUGCCUUGA